AUGGCCUACGGGGAUCGAAUAUCACUAAACAGGCUAGUUUACGAAGAAACAAUAAGCAACAAAUUCACGAAAGAGAGAGGGACCACAUCAGUGUGGGAAGACAAAGACACUUCCGUGCAAGGACUGAGCAGUGCCGGUGAUGAAGAAUUGGAAAAAUUGAAAGCAUCGAGCACUACUACCGUGCAAAGGAGUAUUCUCAAAUGCAAGAUAACGAACAGAUAUAAUAGGAAGAUCAAAUAUAAUAGGAAGUUCUCCACACUCACAGCCUCUGAGCCUCCUCACCAAACAACCAAAAAUUUUCCAACUAAAAAAUCAAGAAAAGCAUGCAAGGCAAACCUACCAAACAUUUACAGAAUCAUUAAAAAGGUUCCGACGUUUGCAGAAAUCACACUCAAAACACUCACCUUAAAAACAUCACCAUCUCCAACUUUUCAGGGUCCACGUGACCCAACAACACUCACGUGUCAAUCAGAUGACUACUCUACCCUCAACAAACAAUCACCCUUCGUAGUUUUAGAGUUUCUUAUAUUGAGAUUAUGGUGUUCAGAAAGUUUUGUUUUUCCUCUCAAACCCCCAAAGGCAACAAACAUGGAGUAA